CAAACUUACCUGAUCAAAAAAGAUUCAAGCCCAAAAAUUUGAAAUACAGGAAAUAUAUUUCUUCUUGGAAACACUGCGGCCUGAGAAAAACGAAAUUCUGAAAUUUCCAUACGUCAGAGAGAAUUUUAGGAAAAGGGAAGCAUUUUAGAAAGAGAGUGUGCUAAGAUGCGCGGGGAGGUGGUGUUGUUGUUGUUAGUCCUAUGUUUCCUCGCAAGCGACGUCGUACGGAAGGGCCAGGCGAUUUGGCUGACAGUACCGACCGCCACUACCAAGUGCGUUUCCGAGGAAAUCCAGAACAAUGUCGUCGUUUUGGGCGACUACGUUGUCAUCUCCGACGAUCCCUCACAUCCCAUCCCCACCAUCUCCGCCAAGGUGACAUCUCCAUAUGGAAAUAAUCUUCAUCAUAAGGAGAAUGCGACACAUGGACAGUUUGCUUUCACAACUCAUGAGGCUGGCAACUAUCUGGUGUGUUUUUGGGUAGAUGGUUCUAAACCAGGAGGUGGAGAUGUUAGCGUAAACCUUGACUGGAGAACUGGAAUUGCGGCAAAAGAUUGGGAAUCAGUUGCAAAAAAGGAGAAGAUUGAGGGUGUUGAGCUUGAGCUGAGGAAACUCGAAGGAGCAGUGGAGGCAAUUCAUGAAAAUUUACUCUAUCUCAAGGGCAGAGAGGCGGAGAUGAGGACUGUGAGUGAAAAAACAAAUGCCAGGGUGGCGUGGUUUAGUACCAUGUCGUUGGGUGUCUGCAUUGCAGUUUCGGCUCUGCAGUUAUGGCACUUGAAGCGGUUCUUUCAUAAGAAGAAGCUCAUCUAGAUUUUGCUAAUUUAAUUCUGUUUCUGGAUGAAAGGAGAGAUUCAAUAACUUUCCCCCCCUUGUUUUUAUCAACAUUUUCACUUAUAUAUUGCAGUAGGAAAAUUUUGAUAUCAUCACUA